AACAGAAGGGAGGGGAAGGGUUAGAAGGGAAAGGGAAAGGUGAAGCACCAUUUCUCACCUCUGGCACACUGCAUGUUGGAGACUCUGGCUGCCUUCUUGGUCUUGGAGACCCUGGCCGCCCUCUUGGUAUUAUGUCUGCACUUCGAAGGAAAUUUGGGGACGAUUAUCAAGUAGUGACCACCUCGUCCAGUGGGUCAGGCUUCCACCAGCAGCAAGGCUCGGCCCACAAGAAAAAGCGCCAGAGGUUUGUGGACAAGAAUGGCAGGUGUAACGUGCAGCAUGGCAACCUGGGCAGCGAGACAAGCCGCUAUCUGUCGGACUUGUUCACCACCUUGGUGGACCUCAAGUGGCGCUGGAACCUUUUCAUCUUUAUCCUCACCUACACCGUGGCCUGGCUUUUCAUGGCCUCCAUGUGGUGGGUCAUCGCCUACAUACGGGGUGACUUGAACAGAGCCCACGAUGAGAAAUAUACCCCGUGUGUUGCCAACGUCUACAACUUCCCCUCUGCCUUCCUCUUCUUCAUAGAGACAGAGGCUACUAUUGGGUAUGGCUACAGAUACAUUACAGACAAAUGCCCGGAGGGCAUCAUCCUCUUUCUUUUCCAGUCCAUCUUGGGCUCCAUUGUGGAUGCUUUUCUUAUAGGCUGUAUGUUUAUCAAGAUGUCCCAACCUAAAAAACGGGCGGAGACACUGAUGUUUAGCGAACAUGCUGCCAUAUCCAUGAGGGAUGGCAAACUCACCCUCAUGUUCAGGGUGGGCAACCUUCGCAACAGCCACAUGGUCUCUGCACAAAUCCGUUGCAAACUUCUCAAAUCUCGGCAAACUCCUGAAGGUGAAUUUCUGCCCCUCGAUCAACUUGAACUGGAUGUAGGUUUUAGCACAGGGGCGGAUCAACUUUUUCUUGUGUCACCACUCACAAUCUGCCAUGUGAUUGAUUCAAAAAGCCCCUUCUAUGAUCUUUCUCAGCGAAGCAUGCAAACGGAACAGUUUGAGAUUGUUGUCAUCCUAGAGGGCAUUGUGGAAACAACUGGAAUGACUUGUCAAGCCAGAACAUCAUACACAGAAGAUGAGGUUCUCUGGGGUCAUCGUUUUUUCCCUGUCAUUUCCUUAGAAGAAGGAUUUUUCAAAGUAGACUACUCCCAGUUCCAUGCAACCUUUGAAGUUCCUACUCCACCUUACAGUGUGAAAGAACAGGAAGAAAUGCUGCUUAUGUCCUCCCCUUUAAUAGCACCAGCUGUAGGGAACAGUAAAGAAAGGAAUAAUUCUAUAGAAUGUCUAGAUGGCCUUGAUGACAUUGGUACAAAGAUACCCUCCAAACUACAGAAAAUGACUGGAAGGGAAGACUUUCCUAAAAAACUGUUAAGAAUGAGUUCUACUACUUCAGAAAAAGCCUAUAGCAUGGGGGAUCUUCCUAUGAAACUUCAGCGAAUAAGUUCUGUCCCUGGAAACUCAGAAGAGAAACUGAUAUCUAAGACCACAAAAAUGUUAUCAGACCCUAUGAGCCAAUCUAUGGCAGACUUGCCACCAAAACUUCAAAAGUUAUCCGGAGAAGGAGGAGGCAGAAUGGAGGGAAACCUUCCCCGAAAGCUGAGAAAAAUGAAUUCCGAUCGAUUUACAUAACAGGAACAAACUUUUUAGGCAUUACUUGAAUUGCCAUUGUAUCUAAUUGGGGGCAGAAAAGCAAAUGCAUUUAAAUAAUAUUUGGUGACUGGGUUUCUUUACAGCUACACGUACUCUGGGAUAAUACUCUUCCCUUUUUAAGGACUGAUGAAAUCUACAAUAAAAGAUCUGAAGUUCAGCUUAGGAUCAAUUUGAAAGCUAAUAAGCUAAUACUAUUUGGCAUGUAGUAUCAUCACAAGCAUGCAAUAAUAGUGUGCAAAUUUUGCAUAUAGUUUUCUGGCAUGGUUCUUCUUAUAUUUAUACUGUAUAUUCUGGGAAAAAUGUAAAUGGAGUGUUAAUUCUCCUAUAUUUCUUAAGCUUUGAUUAAUAAGUACAAACAAAUGUGAGCUACUAACAGGGCAGAUUAUAAUUUAUAAAGGCACAAAAUCCAGCAAAAGAUGAACAUUUCAGGCAUGAGCAUGUGCCCAUUGCAUCCUCCAUUUCCUUCAAAAAAGAUGGGGAGUUUUCUGCUGAAACAUCUCCCACUCCCACUCAGUAACAGCAGCAUGUCUCAUGAGAGUAAGGAAAUAUGCAGGGGAAGGCUAUACAUAGAUAAGAAACUGAAUCAGAUCUUUGGUUAAUCUUUAAAUACAUAUUUAAUUACUUUCCAGUCAAUACAGUUAAAUGUGUACGUUGGCUUAAUCAUGCCCAUUUUUUUUCUCCUGAUGUAAAUUGUGAUGUUUUCUUCAGACAGUUACAGUGCAUGUUUUCUUUGUUCAAAUAAGGCUAUUACUAUUAAGAAUUUUGAACACCAAAACUUUUAAGCCUUAAGCUUUUUUUUUCUCUUGCUUUAACACUUUCCCCAGUUUAUUUUGCUAUAUGAAUACUCUAUCUUUUCUUUACAUAAAAGUCAAUUCUGGUUAGAAGCAGGCAAAAUACAUGGCAGGCAGAGUUCUAUUUUAGGCAGAGGUCAUAAAAUCAAGAAUUUUGUUGUGAUACAUGCUUGUUUCAUUUUCAUUAAAAAUAAGUAUGAAAUAAAGUUCAACAUGGAAAUAUUUUCUUGAUUUAUUAUACUGAUGGCUUACUCUGAUACUUCAUACAUUUAAGUAAAUUUCUUUCUUCAUAUUAAUUAUUUAUAUCCAUAUUCAUCCUACAGUAAAGUUAGGUUCAGAUAACCCAGGGCCUCAAAAGCUUACUGUGAAAGAUGCAUAAUCCCUUGUGAAGCGCUUUUUGGAAAUCUGAGCACAGAUAGGCUCUGUGCUAUUCAUAACUUCUUAGAAAUCAAGGACCUUGGGAGUAGUCAUCUCAAUAGUUAUUCUAAGGUUCCUGAUUAUUGGAAAGUAACUUGCAGAUUAUUUUAUGACAAUAACAUUUCUUAGGGUCUGCAGCUUCAUUAAUGAAAAGAGUUUUUUUUCUCCACAGUACAAACAGCCUAAUCAUCGAUGCAGUCUUGUGUAAGUCCGCCUUAGCUGCACGAAGGCAAAUAAAGACAAAUUAUAACGGUACCUACUAUGCAUUAUCAGAAAUAGACCAAGCAGCUUUAGUGCCCUUCGAUAAAGUCUAUGGACUGCUUCCAACGGAUGUAUGAAAAGGAUUAAAAUGUACAUUUGCAGCCCAAGGUUGCACUUCCCUUGCAAAAUAGGAAGACAGAUCACUGAUAAAAGGCACAAAUCAGUUAAAAGGGACAUAGUUGUAACUCAGAGCAGGCAGUUCUUCUGUCGUUGCAUUAUUAUGCUACUCGUUCUUGCUUCUACAUGUCACUGAAUCAACCAAAAUGAUAUUAAACAAUCAGGAAGAGAUUAUGAUAACUCUAUGUUAUAAAUAGCCAAACGACUUAGAGAUUCUUGGCUGGAGGCACAUCUACAGCCAGUACCUUGUUUUACAAGGUUAUUUCCAGCUAUUACAUAUUAUAUGUAGAGCCAUCCAAUUGUAACUUAUUUAUUCAGAAGCCACUAGAGUGGAUUAUUUAAGAGGGGAGCCUUACAACUACCUUCAUCAGAAUUCAACUGUAAGGAUCAGUGAGAUUGGGGGCGGGGUGGGGGGAGACUUGCAGAUAUAAUUUAGCAGUAAAAAUGCAAGCCUUCUCUCCCUCCCUCCCUCCCUCCCCCUCUCUCUCUUUCUCUCUCUCUCUCUCUUGGCUAUUUUAGCCAACACAGAUUUAGAAUCCUUAUGAUUCUUUCAUGAAAUUCUUAUAACCAUAAUCCAAAAGAGUACCAAAAACCCACUGCACAAAAUCAAGAGCCGCAGUCCUAAUAAUAGGAUUACUGAUUAUAGUAAUCAGAGUAACAUAUAUAAAUUUUGUUUACAGUGUGCUACACACACAAGACAUCAGGGAUCAAGGAGUAUAGUUGCCAGAGGUGCCUGUAUGCUAGGAAAAAUGUUUAACACACAAUCCAGUUGGCUUAAUUAUGGAAAUUGUGUUACAUGCUAUAGGAAAUGAUGAAUCAAUACCAUGGGGAAGAUUUCUUCCAAGUAACCUAAAACCAAGCUUCCAAAGCAAUGACGAUCGAUAAACCUCAGAGCAGAACCACUCUUGUUGUGUAACACAAAACCUUAAACAAGGAACCAAGAUACUUUAGCUGAUUCCAAGGGCUUGUGUGCUCCCAGAAGAGUAUUUGACUUCUUUCCUUUUCUGUUAGAAACUGGUUCCUAGGCCAUAUCAGAAACCACUUCUGGAGUUCCCUGCAAUAUGCCAUAAUUUGAAAUAGGGAACUGUUCACCGAAAAAGAAAAGUCCAAAAUUCCCUUGAGAGUUUAAUGCUAGUUGUGCUAUUCUUUAAACUUUCUAACUUGCAGCCAGGGUUGAAUUACAGUUCUGCAACCAGCUUAAUCAGUUAAUGCCUGGAAGGCGGAAAUCUGGCCCUAGACCUUUUUUCUUUUGCUAUGAAGCAAAGGCAAAAAGGAGGUGGGGGUGUGUGGGAAUGCACAAAUGCAGAAAUCAAUGAAACCUGCACCAUUCCAGCAUUUGAAUCACAAAUAUUAACAAUUCAAACUUUCAUUACUGGUAUCAAUCCAAUGGGGCCAAGCUUCUGCCCUUAUAAGCCAUGACUAAUUAUCUGGUUUAUUGACAUUUCACCAGCAACAAUGGCUGGUAUUUUCUGAGGUAAAGUGAUCACAGGCAACUGAGCAGAAACUGACAGAGUUCUUGAAUUUGUAAUAGAAUUAAUCUCUAAUUGGAUGUCACUGGAAAGCCAGUUUCUGAUUGGUUCUUUAUACAAGCGAAUUUGUAAUUGGUAUGAUUUUAACAAGUUCCAAAGGGACUAAUUUUUUUAUUGGUCUGUCCGUAAC